ACAUUCUAGAAUUUUCCAAAUAUUUGUAAUAUAGGAAAUUAACUCAAUUAUAGGUUCUAGUUUCUGGGAUAUCGGUUGCUCGUUAAUGAUAUAAUCGUUACAACUUUUUAUAAAGUUUAACUUUAAAUUAUCGUUUUGUUCAAUCAUUUUGGUGCAAACUUGGAAUUCAUCGUAAACGUAUCUUGCGAUCAUUAAGGAAAUUGCAAUUUUCGUUAAGCAAACAGAAACAAUGGAAUCUCCGAAAUUUCGUUAUACUAAAGACAAUGAUCACCUGACUUUCAAGGAACGAUUAUUCUACGAGAAAAAUGGAUAUUUAUUAGUUCCCGAUCUUAUACCGCAAUGUAUAAGGGAUAAAUGUUUUAAUAGAUACGAAGAUAUCAUUACCGAUAAAGUCAAUCGAGGAAUGAUCACGAUUAUGCGAGAUAUUGUUAAUAAGAAAAUAGUCAAUAAGAUACAAGAUCUUAAUCAUGACGACAUUUUUCGAGAAUAUUUCGAACAUAAUAAAUUGUUAAACAUAAUUGAGUGUUUCACAGGUCCUAAUAUAAUGGGUGUGCAUAGUAUGUUAAUAGCCAAACCACCGGAUGCAGGACUCGGUUCCAGUGCACAUCCACCCCAUCAAGAUCUUUAUUAUUUUCCAUUCCGACCGGCCGACAAGAUCGUAGCAGCAUGGACCGCGAUAGAACCCUGCGAUCGUUUUAACGGUUGCCUUUACGUUUAUCCUGGAACUCAUGCACUCGACAAACUAUAUUCACACGAUUAUCCUCCUAAUUCCAAAUCAAAUACGGUUAACAAGUUUUAUCACGGUAUUUUGGAUUUUCAACCAAUGCAAAAAAUCUACGUACCAAUGAAACCUGGCGAUACCAUUUUCUUCCAUCCUUUGCUGAUACACGGAUCUGGAGUAAAUCAAUCGACGAGAACGAGAAAGGCCAUUUCUUGUCACUACGCUAGCUCCGAUUGUUAUUACGUUAACCCCGAAAAUGAAGCGGAAAAACGGAUUCAAGAUGAGAUCCUAAAUCUUGUACGCAAACGAUACCCUGGUUCAGAUUUGUCAUAUGCAGAUCUUUGGAGCUUAAAAGCCACGCUUGUGCGAGGUGUACGAUCCACUUUGUAGAUUUUCAUUUAUAAAUAGCUAAUAUCUAUUAUAGUAUUAUUUAGCCUACACUAGAUUGCAUGCUAUUAAUUUGGUUUGGUUUCUACUAAUUUUGUUCUUUUUUAUAUAUAUCUUUUCAUUUUAAAGAAUAAUUUAUCACUUAAAAGCUAACGAUAGGAAAGGAAAUUAAAUCUUAUCAGGGAUAAUUAAUUGCACGACAGAAGAAGAUGUAACGACAACGGCAUCGUUGUCGCGAUUAUUAUUCACUGAUUUGAUAUCACGACGAUGUCGUUGAUAAUUAUAUGGUGGUUGAACGGUAUAACAAUGUUUCGAAUGAGGAUCUUUAUAGGUAUUUUCGUGACGUACGCUAGCACUGGAUGUACGACAAGCGGCAAGACAAAUUUGAAAUCGAUCCAUAUUACGUAGAAGUAACUUUACCGUUUCUUCUUCCCUUAUUUUAGGAUUAUUUUUACCACUUUCUAUCGUACUCUUCUUUCCCUUUAUCUGCUAUUAAACAUAAUAACAAUUACAAUUUAAGCGUUUUACUAACCAAAGUUAAUUUAAUGAUUAAAUAAAAAAAUAAGAAAAUGUAAAAAAAUAAUAUUAGAAAUAAAAAAAAAGUACCUUGGAAGGAUUCAAACAGCAAGAAA